AUGGCGCUCUCCACGCUCCUCCUGCCCUCCUCCUCCUCCACCGCCGAUGCCUCCGACCGCCGCCGCGGCCAGCCACAGCAGCCAAACCACCACAGCAAGCGCAAGAAGAAGCCGCCGGCGCCACCCCCGCUCUCCCCCGCGCCCAGGACUCCCGCCCGCCGCGCCGGCGCCGGCUCGACGCCCAAGAAGAGCCCCGCCCUCGCGGCCCCCACCACCGGCGCCAAGGCCAGGCUCGUGGCCGGAAAGGACCAGCACGGCCGGCAUCGCCGCGGCGGCAGCUCCAAGAAGGCGCCCGCGCGGCCGGCGUCGUCGUGGGAGCAGCUCAAGAGCCUGCUGAGCUGCCGGAGCGCCACGGCGGCCGCGCGCGUGCACGACCCGGCCGCCCUGGCUCGGGGCCCCGGCGCCGGGGGGUACUGGGGCACGUCCCUCUGCUCCAUGCGAGACGUGGCGACCGUCGACGGCGCCUCCUCGGCCGCCUCCGUCGUCGUCGACCACCGCGACACCGCCCCGCUCAACCGCUCCUCCCGCCGCGCCCACCACUCCUCCUCCUCCUCGUCCGCUGGCGGCGGCGGCGGGCACCCGUCCUCCCUCCGCGGCCUCUCCGGCUGCUACGAGUGCCGCGCCAUCAACGUCGAGCCCGUCUCAAGGAGGUACCCGAGGCCGAGGGAGCUGUGCCCAUGCUCGCAGUGCGGCGAGGUGUUCACCAAGCCCGACACCUUGGAGCACCACCAAGCAGUUCGCCACGCCGUGUCGGAGCUUGGGCCGGAGGACUCGGGGAGGAACAUCGUGGAGAUCAUCUUCAAGUCGAGCUGGCAGAAGCGGGACCGCCCCAUCUGCCACAUCGACCGCAUCCUCAAGGUCCGCAACCCGCCCCGCACCGUCGCACGCUUCGAGGCAUACCGCGACGCCGUCCGCGCACGCUGCCGCGCCGACGCCGCCGUCUCCGCUGGCGGCGCCACGCGCGCCGCCGCCGACGGCAACGAGCUGCUCCGCUUCCACCCGGCCGCGCUCGCCUGCGAGCUCGGCGCCGACGGCUCCACCUCGCUGUGUGCGUCCUGUGAGGACGGUGACGCCGCCGACGGCAAGGCGGCGGCCGCGGCGUGCGGGGUGUGCGCGGCCAUCCGGCACGGGUUCGCGCCGUGGGCCGGCGCGCACCCGCUCGGCGUGCGCACCACGGCCAGCAGCGGCCGCGCGCACGACGUCUGCGGCGCGGAGGCGGCCACAGGAGCGGGGUGGCGGGCCAUGCUGGUGUGCCGGGUGAUCGCCGGGCAGGUGCGCCGAAAGGACGGGGACGGUGAGGGUGAGGAGGAGGAGGAGGGGCAGGCCGGGGCGUUCGACUCGGUGGCCGGCGACGACGCGGGCGGCGCGUACGGGGUGCUGGAGGAGCUGUUCGUGGCCAACCCGAGGGCCAUCCUGCCCUGCUUCGUCGUGGUCUACCGCGUCGACGCCGACGCCCAAUGACAUGCAUGCGCUUUGCUGCACCAAUUAUAUUCUUUGCCAUGUAAGUCAAUCUGUACUAAACUGUAGUAUGUCGCGUCCAACAAGUGUCGGCUCCCUGUGUCCCAAAAUAAUUGUCUCAACUUUAUACUAUCUCUAGUACAAAGUUGUAUUAAAUUUAAGACAUUUAUUUUAGAAUGGAGGGAGUAGCAUCGAUCGCGUGUGUGUGCGCAUGUAUGGAAAACAAGAAGAAAAAUGUGUGUACCCUUAUGUAUUAGCAUGCAUGUACUCGUACAUAUACAUUGAUUUGAUUUUGAUGAGAUUGAUAUA